CUGCAUUUUUUUUUUCAGUUUACAGAUAUGAUCCAGCCCUGUACUGAGUUACUUCGGUCAGUCCGAGUGAGCGUUCAAUAAUGAGUGGUGCGGCUCUGGGACUCGAGAUUGUUUUUGUUUUUUUUCUGGCAUUAUUUCUACUUCAUCGAUACGGAGACUUUAAGAAGCAGCACAGACUUGUAAUUGUCGGGACACUGCUAGCUUGGUAUCUCUGCUUCCUUAUCGUCUUCAUUCUGCCUCUGGACGUCAGUACGACAAUAUACAACCGAUGCAAGCAUGCUGCUGCCAACUCAAGCCCUCCUGAGAACAGCAACAUCACAGGCUUGUACGCGACGGCCACCCCAGCUCCAAGUCCACAUCCGUGUUUCAAGCCAUGGAGUUACAUUCCUGAUGGAAUCAUGCCAAUUUUCUGGAGGGUAGUGUACUGGACAUCGCAGUUUUUAACAUGGAUUCUCUUACCUUUUAUGCAGUCAUAUGCACGAUCAGGAGGGUUCUCCAUCACUGGGAAGAUCAAAACCGCACUGAUUGAGAAUGCGAUCUAUUAUGGCACCUACUUGCUGAUUUUUGGAGCAUUUCUAAUUUAUGUAGCUGUAAACCCACACUUGCACUUAGAAUGGAACCAGCUUCAGACGAUUGGGAUCGCUGCUGCAAACACAUGGGGUCUCUUUCUUCUUGUGUUACUGUUGGGGUAUGGCUUGGUGGAAAUCCCUCGGUCAUACUGGAAUGGAGCAAAAAGAGGUUAUCUACUGAUGAAAACGUAUUUUAAGGCAGCCAAAUUGAUGACAGAGAAAGCAGAUGCAGAAGAGACUUUAGAAGAUGUCAUGGAGGAGGUUCGUAAAGUGAGUGAAAGCAUCAAGUAUAACCACCCAUUGAGAAAAUGUGUUGACACAAUACUUAAAAAGUGCCCUACAGAGUAUCAGGAAAAAAUGGGUAGGAACAUGGAUGAUUAUGAAGAUUUUGAUGAAAAGCAUAAUACCUAUCCAAGUGAAAAAAGUCUGGUGAAAUUACAUAAACAGGUUAUUUACUCAGUUCAGAGGCACCGUCGAACUCAAGUACAAUGGCAGAUCCUUCUGGAACAAGCAUUUUAUCUAGAGGAUGUAGCAAAGAAUGAAACUAGUGCUACUCAUCAGUUUGUUCACACCUUUCAGUCGCCAGAACCGGAAAAUAGAUUUGUCCAGUAUUUUUAUAGUCCUGCAGUUGAGUGGUACUGGGAGUGUCUUUUGCGACCAUGGUUUUACAGAAUACUGGCUGUGGUUUUGUCUGUCUUCUCUGUGAUUGUCGUGUGGUCAGAGUGCACGUUCUUUAGCACGACACCUGUCUUAUCCCUCUUUGCAGUCUUCAUACAGCUGGCUGAAAAAACAUACAAUUAUAUUUAUAUCGAGAUUGCUUGCUUCCUUUCCAUCUUCUUCCUAAGUAUCUGUGUUUAUUCUACUGUGUUCAGGAUUCGUGUGUUUAACUAUUACUACUUGGCUUCACAUCACCAGACAGAUGCGUACAGCCUUCUUUUCAGUGGCAUGUUAUUUUGCCGUUUGACUCCUCCUUUAUGUCUUAAUUUCUUGGGGUUGACCCAUAUGGAUUCCUCCAUCUCUCACCAAAAUACGCAACCAACUGCUUAUACUUCUAUUAUGGGUUCCAUGAAAGUUUUAUCCUUUAUUGCAGAUGGAUUCUAUAUAUAUUAUCCUAUGCUGGUAGUAAUUCUCUGCAUUGCUACUUAUUUUAGUUUGGGAACUCGUUGUUUGAAUCUACUUGGUUUCCAGCAGUUCAUGGGAGAUAAUGAUAUGACCUCAGACUUAGUUGAUGAAGGAAAAGAAUUAAUCAGGCGAGAGAAGAGAAAAAGGCAAAGGCAAGAAGAAGGUGAAAAUCGAAGAAGAGAAUGGAAAGAACGAUAUGGACACAAUAGAGAAGAUUCCACUAGAAACAGAAAUGUUCAUGUUGACCCAAAAGAGUCAAAUUUUUCAGAAAUGAGUACGACCCGAUCAGCAUCUAAAUAUACGAGAGCCAAUAAUAGGACUGAAAGGGAUCGAAUAGAACUCUUACAAGAUGUAGAACCUUUGGAUUUUAAUGCAGAAGCAUUUACUGAUGAUCCUCUUGAAUCUGAAUCAGGAAGGUAUCAACCCGGUGGACGAUACCUCUCGAUGUCUCGCAGCAGAAUAUUUGAUGAUGUUUAAAGUCUGAAAGAAUUCAUGGAAUAACUAACCCAAGCCAGUCAGUUCAGUCUUUAUGAAUAUCUGUAUACCCUAAAAUGUACACUGUACUCUCAGUGAUAAACAAAAGGCACUGAAAAUCAGUCACAUCUUAGUAAUAGUUCAUGCUCCAUUGAAUAGAGGAUCAUCUUUUCUAAUAGAAUUUAUCACAUACCAUUCCUGAAGUGUCUGCCUUAGUUUGGAGUACAGUUAAUUCAUGGAGGGAUUUCAUUCAUGAUAAAGAUCAGUGUGUGUUGAGAACAUGUAGUUCAAUUUGUUUCAUAUUAUUUUUUUCAGGAAAGUUGAUUUAAAGCUCCAAGGAAGCCCUAAGUCAAACUAUAAUAUUAUACCGCUUUAUUUUGAUUAACAUUUUUGCUAUUUCUAAAGAAUGUGUUAAUCUUGUAUUUCCCAAGGAAUUGAAGACCACGAUAACCAUAUUUACAAAACCCAUGUUGUAAAACAAGGCUUUUUUACCAGACAUACGUAGGUGUAAAAAGUUCUUUUCCAGCUCUGUAUGCGUGUUGGUGGGGUCUUUGCAUGUACAGUUCAGACUAUACUUCAGUGACAGUGCUGGUGUCUGCAGCACGUGUGUGGUAACUGGGCGAAGUGUAACUCUUAGUCUUUGGUAGUAACUGGAAGCUGCCAGUGCUUUGUUAUACCUUGUAAAAGAUGUUCAUUUCAGAGAGAAGUGUCCACCUUUCUCAUUGAGCAUGUUGAUUUAAGUCUUUAUUAUUCCAUUUAAGGAGAAUCAUACACAUAAUGGUAAAUAGUGUUGUUGUUUUUUGAUAACCAAAGAGUCCCACAAAAUUCUCUAAUAUUUAAAGGUGCAUAUUUAUGCUUUUUGAAAAAGAAUAUCUGGCUCUUCAUAGGCAAAAAGUUAAUCCAUUUUCUGUUAUUACUACUAAUAACACUUAAAUUGUGGUUUAUAGCAAACAGAAAACUACAGGCAUACCUUGGAGAUAUAGUGGAUUCGGUUCCAGACCACAGCAAUAAAGUGAGUCUAAUGUUUUUGCUGGUGGAGGGUAUUGCCUUUAAUUUGUAAAAAAAA